UGGAAUAUUUAAAAACCAAGCUGGACAUGACUCUUCCUUAUCGUUUCUCUUCGGUUAGAAACCACUCGCUACUACUUAAGACUUCUCAUCUCUGUACACCUAGAUCAGCUCUUGGUUGUUUCUCUCCCAAGGAAUCUCCUUUAUUCAAGAAAAACACUGCCCAAUUCCUUUCUCCUCAGAAACACACUUCUCUUCCUUUGAAACUUGUCUGCCCUUUAGCUAGUUUCUCUUCUUAUGCGGAUUCUGAGGGAGAAGAGCAACACCAUGCUGAUCAACCGAUACAGAAUUCUCACGAAUCUUCUACCAAUUCGAACGAAUCAGAUGGGAAAGGUAAUGCAGAAGCUACUGGUGACUUUUCUGGAAUGGCUCAAGCCUUUCACAUUUCGUCCACCACAGCGAGGGCAAUCUCCAUAGUCAUCGCCUUCUCUGCUCUCACCCUUCCAAUCUUCAUGAAGUCCCUGGGGCAAGGACUGGCUCUCAAGACCAAGCUUCUCUCUUACGCGACACUACUCUUUGGUUUCUACAUGGCCUGGAACAUCGGAGCUAAUGAUGUGGCCAAUGCUAUGGGGACUUCUGUUGGAUCUGGAGCCCUAACUAUACGACAAGCUGUGAUGACGGCUGCAGUUCUUGAAUUCUCAGGUGCCCUUUUGAUGGGAACUCAUGUGACGAGCACGAUGCAGAAAGGGAUUCUCAUGGCUAAUGUGUUCCAAGGGAAAGAUAUGUUGCUCUUUGCUGGUCUCCUCUCUUCCUUGGCUGCAGCUGGAACUUGGUUACAGGUAGCUUCUUACUAUGGAUGGCCAGUAUCGACAACUCACUGUAUCGUCGGAUCAAUGGUUGGGUUUGGUCUUGUUUACGGAGGAGCUGGUGCCGUUUUCUGGAGUUCUCUAGCUAAAGUAGCUUCAUCUUGGGUCAUCUCUCCUCUAUUAGGAGCUCUUGUCUCCUUUCUCGUCUACAAAUGCAUUAGGAGAUUUGUUUACAGUGCACCAAACCCGGGACAAGCAGCAGCAGCAGCCGCUCCCGUCGCUGUGUUCGUAGGUGUGGCCAGUAUCUCCUCAGCCGCAUUGCCUCUAAGUAAGAUAUUUCCAAUAGCUCUAUCACAAGCCUUAGCCUGUGGAGUAGCAGGAGCCAUUGUCUUUGACAGAAUCAUCCGCAAACAACUCGGUCACCUCCUAGCUAAAACAAAAUCACCAGAAACAUCUCAAAACCAGCCCAAAACCAUCGGUUUCCUCUCCGAUAUCGCAGGACCAACAGGUACACAACUCGAAAUAGUCUACGGAAUCUUUGGCUAUAUGCAAGUCCUCUCCGCUUGCUUCAUGUCAUUCGCUCACGGAGGCAACGAUGUAUCCAACGCAAUCGGACCAUUAGCCGCCGCAUUAAGCAUCCUCCAAAACGGAGCAGCUGCAGGAGGAGCCGAAAUCGUUAUCCCAAUGGAUGUUCUCGCUUGGGGAGGAUUCGGAAUCGUUGCUGGUCUCACAAUGUGGGGAUACAGAGUCAUUGCAACGAUAGGGAAGAAGAUCACUGAGCUAACACCAACAAGAGGUUUCGCGGCGGAAUUCGCCGCCGCGUCGGUGGUUUUGUUUGCUUCGAAAUUAGGGCUUCCGAUUUCAGCUACUCAUACACUUGUUGGAGCUGUGAUGGGUGUUGGUUUCGCUAGAGGGCUUAAUAGUGUGAGAGCUGAGACUGUGAGAGAGAUUGUUGCUUCGUGGCUCGUCACCAUUCCCCUAAUCUCUUGCUUCUCUGGUACUUGUUCCUCUGUUUGGAUUGUGGUGGUGGUGGUUCUCAUGGCGGCGGUUAUUGGUAACGUGGCGUUGUUACUAGACGUUAACUCUCACCGUACGGUGGUAACUGAUCGGAGAAUUCGUUUAACGGUGGUUGACGUCGUUCUGAAUUUACAAAAGAGAGAUUCGCACAGUCACGUUUCUCACUACGCGGCUCUCUCUUCCAAUAAGCCUCUUGAAUCUGACGGCGAGGCUAGGAUUCGCCGGUUUUUAACUCGCGGUAAGGCGAAUUCCAGGGCUAACGCCGUCGAUUUCGACGACGCGGGAUCCAGCGACGAGGAAAGCAGUGACGGAGGCGGUGGUGGUGGUGAUGAGGAUGAGGAGGAGGAGGCUUUCGAUGUGGAGAAGGAGAGGAAGAGGAGAGCUAAGGAAUUUCAGGAUAUGAAGGAGCUUGAGAGGAAAGCAGAGGAGUUACAGUAUAAGAUUGAUGAAGAAGGAGACGAUUCAGAGGAGAAGAAGAGGAUGAGAGUGAAACGAGAGCUCCAAAAGGUAGCUCAGGAGCAAGCAGAGAGGAGAAAAACAGCAGAAUUGAUGUUUGAAUUGGGUCAAAAGGCUUAUGGUAAAGGAAUGUAUGGACGCGCGAUCGAGUUUUUAGAAGGAGCUCUUACGAUUAUCCCAAGGCCAACACUCUUUGGUGGUGAGAUUCAAAUUUGGUUAGCUAUGGCAUAUGAGGCCAAUAAUCGACACGCUGAUUGCAUUGAUCUUUAUCAGCAAUUAGAGAAGAAACAUCCGAGUCCUGGUAUUCGUCGUCAAGCUUCUGAGCUUCGGUAUAUCUUGCAAGCUCCUAAGCUUAAGAUAUCUCAGGAGGAAAUGGUUACUAUUCCCAUGAUUGGUUCAAGUUACGACAGCUAUGCAGUGACAUGGAGUGACAAGGACAGGGAUAAGGAGCGGCGAAUGAAUGAAUCGACUACGAAUCAGCUCAACUCGAGUGAAGACUUUCUUGGAAAGCUCUUGGUUUGGCGACCGGCGGUUGGUAUGGAGAAGAACCGAGUCUUUUGGCUUGCUUUGACACUGUGGUUCGGUUUGGUUGGGGCAGCACUCAUCUUACAAAGAUAAGUAGAAGACAUGUAAAAACGUUUUUCAUCGCUUUCAAUUAUGGUUUGGUACUGUUUCUUCUACAGGUCUUGAAAUUAUAUUUGAUUUCAUGUAUAAAUUUGUAAGCAGAUGAAUUCGUUGUAUAUAAAGUAUUUGAUGGAAA